AUGCCAGAACAAAUCACUCUUGGCAGCACUACUGCCGCAAGAGAGGUUAUUGGUUUCAACCUUUCCUUGUUGAAAGGAGGAACCAUUACUCAAACAAUAGUGGGUGGAAUUAUCACUGCUCUCGUGAUAGCGUCGACCGUUGCUACCAUCAUUCUCGUGAGCGUGGGAGUUGGAUAUUCUCCUCCAACUGCAAAGAAUGACUUGGCCACUACUUACAAGCGUGUGCCAAUUACAAUCAAUGUCUUGUUGAACGAUGUGGACCCUCGUGGUGGUAAUUUAACCUUGUCUGACAUUGCCGUCCAACCUCAAUAUGGUACUGUCAAGAUUGUUUCUCGUACCUCUGUAUUGUAUCAAUCCUUGGGUGCAUUUACUGGUAAUGAUACUUUUUCAUAUGUGGUCUCAAAUUCCUAUCUUACUGCAAAUGCAACCGUCACUGUUCAAGUCUUGAAUCGAGCUCCACAAGCGGUUCCAAUUGCCAAGACUGUUCCAAAGAAUGCUCGCAGAUACGUUGUUGAUAUUUUCUCAUACAUUGGCGACAAUGGAGAACGUAUCUCUGAUGUGGACAAUGACAUUCUCUAUGUCAAUGGUUUUUCUGACAACACCAUUGUCUCUGGUGGAGACUCUUCCAAAUUGGGACUUGUUGAAGUUGACAAGUAUACUGGUUUUUAUUAUACUCCUACUCCAAAUUUCAAUGGUGUUGAACUAUUCACUUACACCAUUAGUGAUGGUAAUGACACUUCAUCUUCGACAGUUACUUUGACCAUUGCCAACAAUCCACCUGUUGCUGUGGAUGAUGUUUACAAAGUACCCAAGUAUAGAUCUGCUGUGUUGAAUGUCUUGUCCAAUGAUUAUGACAUCAAUGGUGAUAAUAUUACUCUUACUCGUGCUUUAGGUGCCAGUUAUGGAGCUGUCUAUGUUGCCAGUGAUAAGACGACAGUGAAAUAUAUUACCUCCAGUACCCUUACUACAAAUAUGAGUUCUGCUGUUGUGUUUGUUCAAGUGUACAACAGUCCACCUCAAGUUUUUGGACAAACUGUCAAUGUUGCCAAGUCAUCUGUCAACAACAAUAUUCCAAUUGUUUACUAUGAUCCUGAUGAAAAAGAUUUAGUGACCUUAACCAAAGUCUCUCCAUCCUUGCCACAAGGUGCUAUCAAAGCUACCAAGACCUAUGCUGUCAAGUACUUUGAAUGUUGUGACUAUAUCAAUGUUGAAAUCAACAAUUAUACCAUGGUCUUUACUCCAACUCCAAAUACUGUCUACUCAACAACAUUUGACAUUACCAUGAACGAUGGUGAAUCUGAUGGUUUUGGUAAAAUCACUGUAAACGUUGUCAAUACUCCUCCAGUAGCUGUUGACGACAAUGCAAGCUGUGGAAAGAAUUUACAAACUCUCAUCAAUGUUCUCGCCAAUGAUUAUGACACUGAUGCAGGUGACAGUGCUCUUCUCAAAUUGACCACUGACUCUUGGACUUCUACCACUCAAUUAGGUGGUACUGUUUCCAUUUACAAUGACACUCAUGUCUUGUAUGUUGCUCCAACUGGUGUGGUUGGUCAAACUGAUGUUGCUACUUAUAGAAUUACGGAUCAAAGUAAGACCAACUCUGGUGCUGCUGAUCCAACAAGUUUUGCAACUGGUAAAAUUUAUGUCAAUCUUGUGAAUAAUCCUCCAACUCCAGUGGACGAUGUGUUUACUAUUCCAAAGGGUAAAUCAUCUGUUUUGAAUGUGUUGGCCAAUGAUGUUGAUCCAAAUGAUGGACCAUCCUCUGUGAGAGUCAUUAACUCUGUGGAUGCUUCAUCCAAGAAGAAUAUCUUGUCAUCCAUUUUGAGAAACCAAAUUGGUGGAAAUACUGAUGCCUUGUCAUAUGCUGCUGUCAAUGAAGAGUAUACUGAUUCCUUCACUUAUGAUGUCACUGAUCAAAAUGGAUUGUCAUCCACUUUUAAGGCUACUGUGACUUUGAACGUUGUCAACACUGCUCCUGUUGCUACUGAUGACUCCUAUGUCACUUUGUGGAAUAGAAAUGUAGAUUGUAAUGUUAAGGCCAACGAUCAAGAUGAAAAUGGUGAUUUACCAAGUUCAACCAUUCAAGUCACGACUAAUCCUUCACACGGUACCGUAGUUGUUGUUGGUGAUAAUGUGAGAUAUACUCCAACCAAUGGUUAUGUUGGUUCUGAUUCAUUCCAAUAUCGAUUGAACGAUGGUUCAUCCUCAAAUGCACUCUCCAACAUUGCAACUGUGACCAUUGAUGUGAGAAAUAAUGCACCUGUCACUGUUUCUGAUUCUGUCACUACUCACUGGAAUAACCCAACUGGUAUUGUCGUUUCCCCUCUUGUCAAUGACAAUGAUCCAGACGGAGAUGCUCUUGUUGUUUCUGCUGUGAACUCUGAUACUGCUACUGUUGGUACUGCAACACUUGUCGAUUCUCAAACUGUUCGAUUUGUUCCAAGUACUGCCAAGCCAAUUACUAUUGGAUCCAAUGUUAAACAAUUCACUUAUACUGCUUCUGAUAGCAACAAGCAAACGAGUGGUACUGUUUUGGUCACCAUUACAAAUACUAAACCAGUUCCAUCAGAUGAUACUUUCACAUUGCACUGGGCUGCUUCUGCCACUGUGUUGGAUGUUUUGAAGAAUGAUGUCGAUGCCAAUGGUGAUUCAUUAACUGUUGCAAGUGUUGAUACGACAAGUUUGACAACUAAGGGAUCAGCUUCUGUGACUUCUGGUUCAGGAUCUGUCACUUACACUCCAAAUAAGAGUUAUACUGGUGCUAGUGAUCAAUUCAAAUAUACUGUCAAUGAUGGUGCUGAAGAUUCUAGUGUUCAAGGAACUGUCACCAUUCAACUUACCAACAAUGACAAACCAACUGCUUCUGAUGCUUCUUAUUCCGUUCAUUGGAGAGUUUUACAAAGUGCUGGUGGAUAUCACGAUUUUGAUGUUCUUUCUGGAAAGACCACUGACAAUGAUGGUGACUCUCUCUCCGUUUCCGUUGUUUCCUCAAGUUCUUGCUCUGUUGUGAGCAAUAAGGUUCGUGUGACUGUUUCAAGUGGAUUCACUGGAACUACUCCAUGCUCAUUCACCAUUUCUGAUGGUCAUGAUAGUGUCACCAAGACUGCUAGUGUCAUUACUUUCAACACUGCUCCAACAUGUUCUGCCAUUUCAGUUUCAUUUGAUCCAAGCAAUUUCGAUGCAGGACAAAAAUUGCCAUUACCAGUUUUGUGA